GUCAACUUGGGAAAUUCUUGAACGCUCUCCCCCGCGAAGUCUUCUGGAAACUUGGAUGGGUGGCGACGCCAACUUCGGAGUAGAGAGAAGCUCUGUUCGAAAAAAUGAGUCAUGGGUCAUUGAUGGAAAUAGGCGAGAGUGGCGUUCUUCGACUGGCUGGGCCAUGUAGCCCUGGUUGCAGUGAGCAAUUAUCUGAGGCACUGUCUCACAAAGGGAUCAUUGCGUGGUGUUGCAAUACAGUCGAAGAGCAAUACGUUCCGAUGAAAAAAAAUUUGGAGGGGUCAUGAUUUUUCACAAUAGGUAGAAGAGGCUAA